AUGAACGGUAGAAUAGUCUCUGCUUUUGUUGCAAUCAUACAUUUAUAUAUUUGUCCCUGUUUUGGUGAAAACUACAUUUUGGAUGAUAAAGUUGGAUUAGGACGAAAGUUUGAUGGUAUUGGUGGUUUAAGUGGUGGAGGGGCAACGUCCCGGCUGCUUGUCAACUAUGCAGAGCCGUAUCGUAGCCAGAUACUGGAUUAUCUGUUCAAGCCAAACUUUGGAGCCUCCUUACAAAUUCUGAAAGUUGAAAUUGGAGGUGAUGCACAGACCACAGAUGGAACAGAGCCUUCUCAUAUGCAUUAUGAAAAUGAUGAGAACUACUUUAGGGGUUAUGAGUGGUGGCUGAUGAAGGAGGCUAAGAAAAGGAACCCAAAUAUCACUCUUAUAGGUUUGCCAUGGGCUUUCCCUGGAUGGGUAGGGCAUGGGAAGAACUGGCCAUAUGACUUCCCAGACAUCACCGUCUCCUAUGUUGUGUCUUGGAUUAUUGGUGCAAAACAGUACCAUGACUUGGACAUCGAUUACGUUGGGAUAUGGAAUGAGCGGAACUUUGACAGCAAAUAUAUAAAGCUCCUGCGAUACACACUGGAUAAGAGUGGUUUGGAGAAUGUCAAAAUCAUUGCCAGUGACAACAUGUGGGAGCCAAUAACAUUUUAUGUCCUCUUAGAUCAAGAACUUAGAGAUGCUGUGGAUGUCAUAGGGGCUCAUUACCCUGGAACCACCGCAGUGGAAGAGGCUCUAAAGACGAACAAGACGUUGUGGUCUUCAGAGGACUACAGUACCUUUAAUGAUGACGUGGGUGGUGGAUGCUGGGCCCGGAUUCUCAACCAGAACUACGUCAAUGGCAAGAUGACGGCCACCAUUUCUUGGAACCUGGUCGCCAGUUAUUAUCAGGAUCUUCCAUUUGGACGAGACGGGCUGAUGACUGCUCAAGAGCCAUGGAGUGGAAAUUAUGUGGUUGAAUCACCGAUUUGGAUAACUGCCCACACAACCCAGUUCACUGAGCCUGGAUGGACUUAUCUUCAGACUGUGGGACACCUCAAACAUGGGGGGAGUUAUGUUGCUUUAACAGACCAAAAGGGAAAUCUCACAAUUGUCAUAGAAACCAUGACUCAUAAUCACUCCAUCUGCAUCAGACCUCCACUUCCUGCCUUUACCGUUGCUGCCCAGAAUGCUACCUUCAGUUUAAAGGGAUCAUUUGGUUCAGUCACUCAGCUCCAGGUGUGGCAUUCAAAGUUCAAUUUCAAAACUAAGAAGCCAUCAUUCUUCCAGAAACUGGACCCAAUCAAGAUAUCCAACGGCUCCUUCACCUUAAGCCUGGAUGUUGAUGAAGUUUACACUUUAACCACAUUAACCACUGGUCAAAAAGGGAGUUACCCAGAACCACCAGCCUCUGCCCCCUUCCCGAAAAAAUAUAAAGAUGAUUUUAAUGUCAAAAACCCAUCCUUCACCGAGGCUCCAAACUUUGCCGAUCAAACGGGAGUUUUUGAGUACUAUAUUAACCUGACAGACCUUGGUCCUCAUGUUUUCACGCUGCGUCAAGUGGUCACUCAGAGGCCCGUCACAUGGGUUGCAGAUGCAGAUCAGACAAUCAGUGUCAUUGGUGAUUAUAAGUGGCAAAAUCUGACAGUCAUGUGUGAUGUGCUCAUGGAGACUGAGAGAACUGGAGGAGUGUUCAUUGCUGCCAGAGUGGAUAAAGGUGGAGGUCUUGUCAGAAAUGCAAAGGGAAUCUUCUUCUGGGUAUUUGCAGAUGGCUCAUACAAAGUCACGGGUGAUCUCAGUGGGCAAACUGUGCUGGCUAAGGGAUCAUCUGGAACAAAAGCCCACGUUUGGUAUACACUAUCUCUGUCAAUUCAGGGGGACCAUGCCUCUGGAGAGCUCAAUGGAUUCCCCCUGUGGAAGCUCUCUGUAGAUUUGGUGCCCAAGAAUGGAUGGACUGCCAUAGGCACACGGUCAUUUGAACUAGCUCAGUUUGAUAACUUUUCUGUUCAGGCAGAAUGAUUUUGUCUUGUCUUUGAGCCAAAGCUGUUGUCUCUCCUAAAUAUAUUAAUUAAUAAAUCUGAGUCUAUUUAAACCUUUAAUGUGAACCCAGAUCAAAGACCUAAUUGUAGGUUGAUUUGUUCAAAGCACUGAAGUGUGUGUG